AUGGAUAGGUUCAAAGCUCCAGCUGUAAUCUCCCAGAGGAAGAGACAGAAAGGGUUGCAUUCCCCAAAACUUUCCUGCAGUUAUGAAAUAAAGUUCAGUGACUUUGUCAUUUUUAUUAUGCAGAGGAAGAUGGGGCUGACCAGAAGGAUGUUUUUGAUGGAACUGGGAAGAAGAAAAGGUUUCAGAGUAGAAAGUGAGCUAAGUGAUUCAGUCACUCAUAUUGUGGCUGAGAACAACUCUUACCUGGAGGUGCUGGACUGGCUGAAGGGACAGGCUGUGGGUGACAGCUCUAGGUUUGAGCUGCUGGACAUCUCCUGGUUCACAGCCUGCAUGGAGGCAGGAAGACCAGUUGAUUCAGAAGUGAAGUAUCGUCUCAUGGAGCAAUCCCAAUCUCCUCCUCUGAAUACACCUGAAUUGGAAAUGCCAGCAUUUAUUGCAACAAAAAUAUCUCAGUAUUCAUGCCAGAGGAAGACAACUUUAAAUAACUACAACAAGAAAUUCACGGAUGCCUUUGAGGUAAUGGCUGAGAAUUAUGAAUUCAAAGAAAAUGAAAUAUUCUGCCUGGAAUUUUUAAGGGCAGCUUCUUUGCUGAAAUCUCUUCCAUUUUCAGUAACCAGAAUGAAAGAUAUACAAGGGUUGCCCUGCAUGGGAGACCAAGUCAGAGAUAUCAUGGAGGAGAUUAUUGAGGAAGGAGAGAGUUCUAGAGUUAAAGAAGUGUUAAAUGAUGAGCGAUACCAGGCAUUUAAGCAAUUUACUUCAGUCUUUGGAGUGGGAGUGAAGACAUCUGAGAAAUGGUACAGAAUGGGUCUGCGAACUGUGGAAGAGAUAAAAGCUGACAAGACCCUGAAGCUGUCAAAAAUGCAGAAAGCAGGGUUUCUCUACUAUGAGGACCUUGUUAGCUGUGUGUCUAAGGCAGAAGCAGAUGCAGUGAGCUUGAUUGUCAAGAAUACUGUGUGUACAUUUCUCCCAGAUGCUUUAGUUACCAUAACUGGUGGUUUCAGGAGGGGUAAGAAUAUUGGACAUGACAUAGAUUUUUUGAUAACCAAUCCAGGACCAAGAGAAGAUGAUGAACUUCUGCAUAAAGUUAUUGACUUAUGGAAAAAGCAGGGCUUACUCCUUUAUUGUGAUAUCAUUGAGUCAACAUUUGUAAAGGAACAGCUGCCAAGCAGAAGAGUUGAUGCUAUGGAUCAUUUUCAGAAGUGUUUUGCAAUUUUAAAAUUAUAUCAGCCAAGAGUAGACAACAGCACUUGCAACACAUCAAAACAAUUGGAAAUGGCAGAAGUCAAAGACUGGAAGGCAAUCCGUGUGGAUCUGGUGAUAACCCCCUUUGAGCAAUAUUCAUAUGCUCUGUUAGGCUGGACAGGCUCCAGGCAAUUUGGACGUGACUUGCGGAGGUAUGCUACACAUGAAAGGAAGAUGAUAUUGGAUAACCAUGGAUUAUAUGACAGGAGAAAGAGGAUCUUUCUCAAAGCUGGAAGUGAGGAAGAAAUCUUUGCACAUCUUGGCUUGGAUUAUGUUGAACCAUGGGAAAGGAAUGCUUAA